AUGAUCCAGUCACGUUUUCGAAUUUUUACUGGUCUUAUUACUGUCUGUUUUUUCUGUUUCGCCGUUUCGAGAGUAGUGCUAGACUUAUUUUUCUCUCGUCAUCAGACAGUUCGGGCUACUAUUUAUUCACAUGAGCAACAACAAAUCGUAAAAAUAAAACAGAAGUUGAUGCUCAUGUGGACAACUUUCUUUAGCGAAUUGCCUGAAAAUCGUUUGAACCUCAUGAAUGAGUGUCCUGAUUUAAAGGAUAAGUGUGUAAUUACGACGGAUCGAUCUUUGGUUGAGAGCGCUGACGCUGUCAUUUUCCACUUUAUGACUGAAGAUUUUCGCUUGAGCGAUUUACCGAAAAAGAGGUCUCCGUCACAACGUUAUGUAUUCUUGACGGUAGAAGCACCUCCAACUUAUAAAUUAUGGCAAAGGGAUACGUUGCAUGCACCUCAUGUACCGUGGGUUUACGGUGGUUAUUGGAUUAGUCCUGAAAUAAAUAAAGGACUUGGUUUUAAGUCCGAAAACCUGCCUUAUGAUGAAAAAACAAUAUUAAAAAAUAAAACUAGUGCAAUAUUUUGGUUGGUAUCAAAUUGCAAUACAAUUUCGAAACGAGAGUUAGCUGUUGAGAAACUUGGAAAAUACAUAAUGGUAGAUAAAUAUGGGGCGUGUGCCGAUAAUCCUUAUAAACGUGAUGCAUGUAAACGAGCUUCUGAAUGUGAAAAAGACCUUGGUGCAAUGAAUUUCUUCUACAUUGCAAUUGAAAAUACUGUUUGUAAGAAUUAUGUUACGGAGAAAUAUUUCGAUCGAUAUCAUCUACCAAGUGUUCCCAUUGUUAUGAGACGGAAAACAUAUGAAAACUUGAUACCGCCGCUGUCCUUUAUUCCUAUGGAUGAUUUUGAAAGUGCUCAAGCCAUGGCCAAUUAUUUGAUUGCGCUGAUGUCUAAUAAAACAGCUUAUUUGGAGUAUUUUAAAUGGCGUCGUGAUGGUUGGGUUCGAGCGUACCAGAAUACUGGAUAUAGAUUUCAUUUCUGCAAGUUAUGUGAAGCAUUACUAGAGGAACGACCAACAAAAACAUAUGAGAAUGUGGAAGAGUGGUUCUAUGGGACUUCAGAAUGUGAAGGAUCUGAAUUUGCCGAAGGUUGGAAAGAAGAAUAA